CCACAUCUUUCCCGGAGGUUAAACGCUGCGCCAUGCUUUUAUUAUGUGAGGAUGUUGCACUUCCGGCUGCGUCACCAUCUGCGCUGGGCUCUCGGCAGGAGUUGACAGCUGAUCGUCUGUGCACCCUAACUAGAAUGUUGUGAAAGUGAACAGGAGAGCUGUUAUAGAAUGACCGAUGAGUGACCAGUCCACAUCUGAGCUCACGCUGCUGCUCUGCUCAUGAACUGAGAUAGUGGUGAUGGCGACAGAUAGAGGCAUAGUGGAAGACUGGCUCUCUGAAUUCAAGGCACUGUCUGAAACGCAGCUGUCUGGUUACGCUGGAGUCCUCCAUCAGAAGACCACACUGGUGCCGGCCCUCUACAGCAUCAUCCAGGACCCUGACAGCGAGCUGCUGGAGCCGGUGUGCCAUCAGCUGUUCGAGCUGUACCGGAGCUCAGAGGACUGUCUGCGCCGCUUCACGCUGCAGUUCCUGCCCGAGCUGCUCUGGGUUUAUCUGCGCAGAGACGGACACAGCAGCGGCUGCAUCGAGGCUCUUCUGCUGGGCAUUUACAACCUGGAAAUCGUGGAUAAAGAUGGGAACAGCAAGCUGUUAUCGUUUAUGAUCCCGUCACUGUCCAAACCAUCCAUAUAUCAUGAGCCGUCCAGUCUGGGCUCCAUGGCUUUGACCGAGGGUGCUCUCUGUCAGCAUGACCUGAUUAGAGUGAUCUACAGCGGCCUGCACCCGCAGAGAGAGACAUUCACUGCCCAGAACAGGUUUGAGGUGUUGUGUUUCCUGAUGCUGUGCUAUAAUUCUCUGGUGGUCUAUAUGCCCCGCUCAUCACACCGGGCCGUCUGCAGGAUGAGCUCACAGCUGUGUGUGAGCGGCUUCCCUCGUCAGCAGCUGAAGGCCUGGUCCUCUCCUGUACGUGUCCUGCUGGAACCUCAGUUUAUGGUACAGAUGCUGGCUGCUGUCUAUCACGCCAUAUAUAAUGGUGAGUGGGAUGCUGGGAGAGAGGCUUUGGAUGACAUCCUGUACAGAGCUCAGUUGGAGCUGUAUUCAGAGCCGCUGCUGCUGGGCAAUGCCAUGAAGAGCUCUCUGCCUGACAACGCUCCAGAUGGAUCUCAGGGGAGGAAGGUCCUGCAGGUGGAGGUCACUCCCAGCAUCAGACGGAUCUCCCACUGCACCAUCACAGCCGCCUCCAUCCGCAGACUGCGCUGGAAGAGAGAGGAGGCAGAUGGGCUGAGCGGGGAGGACCUCUCCUCGGGUCUGAUCGAUGCGGACGAGGGCUUCUCGUCCGGCGCGUCCAGCAGCAGCCAGCCCAGCGGUGUGCGCGGGAGGAAGAGCCGGCCGGCUGCUCGCAGGACCUCCAGCACCUCUCUGGACUGCAGGCCGGGACAGGGCUCCGGAGCCGAGGCUCGCAGAUACUCCAUCCUCAGCCUGCAGGAGCAGCAUCUGCCGGAGGAGACGGAGCUGCUCUCUCCUGGAAAACAGAGCCGAUCGCCCAGCUUCAACAUGCAGAUCAUCUCACAGGUCUAGAACAGACCGUCACAUCGCGGCAGAAGGAUUUUAGCAGAAAAGCGGAAACUGUCAUUACUUGCUCGUGUCAUUUCAACCCUGUAUUUUUCUCAUGGUCCGAGCCAGGAAGGUGGACGGGGGUUCUGCAUCUUCGCUUUUACUCGCCUUUCUACAAUCAAAUUAUAGUUGUGUAAAAGAACUAAGUGAAAUGUAACUCUCUACUGCAGCUCAAGUCACAAGGCCCAGCGGGAUUCAUUUCAAGGUGAUUGUCUUGAGAAACACUUACGCUGGUUGAAAGUCUCUUCACAUCAACAAUCUUUAAAGGUGCUGUAUGUAGGAUUCAAAUUCAAAAUAUUGCAGACGUUUUGUUUCACUCGGCUCCUCCUACUCAGACUUGACGCACACGCAGGUCGCCAGAUUUCUGCUCAGACCCCUUUUGUUUGCCAGCUUCCACGACUCAAAUGUAAUGCGCUCUGAUUUCCACCAACUGGCAACCCGGGGUUCUGAAACACGAUUGGGUAAACUGACAGUGGGCGGGUUUCUCAGACCAAAACAGAAACUAACAUUCCAGGCUGGAACACACAUUUUCAGAGAACAACAGACUGUAGCACUGUUUUUCAGAUAACUUAGCAUGUUUCCUAAAUAGCUGCACAUAUACUAUGGUAUUUUUAUGCUUCAAAAGGGUCAAAAUCCCACAUAUAGCACCUUUAAGUUAAGUGGUCCAAAUGUAUUCAUCUGUAUUUAUCUAUCCUGUGAAAGGUGUAGCGCCAAUCAAAACCCUCGGUCUGAUUGUUGUAACUGGCUUUCCGCUUGUAUUAGCUCUGUAUUGAGAGAGAUAACAGCAGACAAACACCAACCACCCUGUAGUACCUUUACUAACGACUAUGAAGUUUUCUCACUCCCAAAAGCUGAGAAAAUGACUACAUCCAGAUAACUUUAGGAGGUUUUGAUUUAUUUCCUGCUGGUUAUAAAUGUAAAAGCGCCCCUUACCGUAUAAGUGUGAAAACACAGAAUGCUGGGAAAUUUCAUCAGCACCAAGUUGAGAGCACGACCCGACAGAAGGGAACGUGAUCUCUGCUGGCUGACUCUGAAUAGUGUGCUUUAACGGUGCUCUCUAAAAAGACAAGGCUGAAAUGACACAAGAGUAAAAAACCCGAAGCGACAGCUGGCCCGACAGCGAUCUAACCGUCUCUAUGCGAAUCAAACGUUGUGAAUUUUCCGAUGACCGUCAGUCCUCCUGGGUCACUUCAAUGUCCAGUGCUCUUCCCUGAUUCUGAUCAUAUUCGUUUUUAUGGCAGCGUUUUUGAAAACUGGUUAUGUUCUCAAGAUUAUUCUGACUAAAAUGAUCAGAAGACCUAAUAACUCUGAACCCAGACUUUCUGAGAAAGGGACGGUCAACAUGUAAAUCGAUAUAUUUAAUGUGAUAUACUUGUGUGUGAAUAAUGUAAAAUACAAUUCAUGUGUUUUGCUUUAAUCCAAAGCCAUCCUUGAAAAGGUUGAGUGCUGCUGGAGGUUAGAGGUCGCACGUCUCGGAGUGUUAAGAGAGCUGGUCUGCAGGUCAGGCUGAGCUUCAGGAACAGACAAGCCAAACUCGGCCAGUGUCACACAUGACAUUAGAGAUUGUCCAGCCUGUAUAGAAGAAAAACUACAAACUAUGAUUAACAGAAGCGGUCCUGUCCUGUCCUGUGCUGUGUUGUGUUUUCUUGUCAAAUAUAUCUGCUGUAAUUGUUUGCUGACUAUCUCUGGUCGUAAUGUGACUGUGUGUGUGUGUGGGUCUGUGUCCCGGGAUGUUUUUUUAAUGUAUGCAGCUGUAAAGGUCUGUUCAUGUCAUUCUGUCUGGUUCUGAUAUGUCUUCGCUGUGUUGUGAGUUCCUGACCUAAACUGAACUGCCUCUGCUGAAACAGGAAAUGUGAUAUUAUACUGUGAAUAAAAGUGGUUAGUCGUGUA